UACAACUUGCACGAACGUACGGUAUGUCAACUCUUUUCUCACAACAUAAAACAAAGCAUACGUAAAAAAAAUUACACCACCAAAGAAAACCAUCACGCAAUUUCACCGAAAUCCUCAGCACGACAAACCAUACGAAACAAUGGAGUGGCCUUCCCUAGAGUUCCAAUCGGAUCUCCUCAACUGCAUCGAGAACGACGAAAUCCUCUCGCACUCGUCGCAAGUGUUGUCCGAUCGAUUCCUUUCCGAUCUGGCGUCGUCCAUCGUCACCAAGGAGAUCUACGCCCGGGCUGCAAGCGCUGCCCUGGCAUCGGACACCAGCAGAAUUGUGGCCCGCAAGAGCAACACCGGGGAAAACGAACUCUCCGAGAAAAUGGUCGUAGCUUUUCUGGACAAACUCCGCACAUCCGCUUCCGACAGCGACGAGUGGCAUGCAUACCAGUACCGCGAGACCGCCCGCGACGUUACGGAGCUCAUGGCAUCCCUCGAUCCACUGGCCACGCUGAAAUUCUGCAAAGGUGGACUGGACGCCGUCCACGAUUUGUUAAAGUACCGGUUGCCAAGCAGCAGCAGCAGCGAUUCCCCCACUGACGGAUCAGCGGCACUCUUGAAUGCGAAAGACGCUUACGUAUUGUCUCAGUCGUUCCCGAAGCUCGAUGCCGAUAGCGUGACCGGCACACGGGCCCCCGAUCUCGAGUUUCGGUUUGGACUUUUGCACAAUAACAGCAAGGUCAAUAGCAACAGCAACGUCGACUGCGAUGUCAACUCCCUUUACGGCAUGGAGGCCUGCGAUAUCGUCAACGCGCUUCACCAAGACGGAACAAUGGAGACCUCGGCGGCAUCACUAGCCAAGAACACGCUCGCAAAUCCCAAUCUGGUAGCACAAUUAUCCGCAUCGAAAACGACGAACUCUACAGGCGAAAACCAAACCGAAACGAUCUUUGUCGUUUUGGGGUGCGACCAUCCAAUGAGCCCGGCGAAGCCGCUUUUGCGGAUUCCCGGUGUGAAAGUUCUAGGAAUCCCCUCUUCUGAAGAGGGUUUGGAAGAUAUCCUAGAUUACGUUCGAUACAACAGUCCCGACGAUACCACAUUCGUCCAUCCGAUUUGGAACCAAAAGGACAAGAAAGGAAACUACCACAGAAAAAGAAACCGGACCGGCAACAACUUGAUUCUUUCUAGGGGUCCACAAGUAGCCCAGUGGCUUAUAGACCACGCAAUACUCGCAAAGAAGGACGGGGAUGAAAUCACGACUGAUAGUAAAGCAAGUGCCAAUUGCAGAAAAAAACUUAAACUCGUUUUGGUUCCCAUGGCCAUGCCAUCACUGCCCCCGGCAACCACUUCCCGCAACAGUGAUUCGCCCUUUGCUUUCGUCCCUGAAGCCAGCGUCCGGUGGGCUGCGUCUUCCGACUUAAUCGUUCAGCGGGUUGUGAUGGCGGCCGAAGCCGCAAGCACCACGUCUAGGCAAAUACAGUGCUCGCUGUGGUCCUACCAGAGCUCAAGCACCUGCAUGGUCGUCCCUCCGACGUCUACCACACUGAGCACCGAGUUGUUGCACAAGCGCCCAUCUCACGAACAAUGGCUCCACACACUAAGCAUGGGCACUGUUUUGACUCCGACAAUAGAAGAGGACAAUAACCGCAACAAGCUUCACAAGCAUCACACCGAACAGCAAGAUGACCAUUCGAGAUCGACUGCGGUUCCUUCCGGAAGCUCCGAAAGUGAUAUCGAAGCCAACACMGUGAGGAAUCGCUUCGUGGGUGCUGUUAGCAAUACAAACCACAACUACUCGAUCGUCAACGGAAUCGUGACCUCGGAAGGUCCUCACCAUAUGCUGUCGGAGCACAUUAGAUUGUGGAGGGCCAUGAUAACACACUACAGCGCCGAUUUAGAAAAUAAUUCCUCCCAAAAUUAUAUUGGAGAUUAUGACUCCGACUCUGACGACGAUGAUGAUGGUAUACAGCGGAAGAACAGUGUCCACGUCUUUGCCCCUCACGUUCCAAUUGUUUCUCGUGGCUUAUUGACGGAAGCUAUCGAAAAAGCAUCACCAUCGACACCAAAAAUAUCGGCAGCGAGGCCGAACAAGAUCACCGCACCUCUGCAGAUUCUAAACUCGGGGACAAUGGCCUCUCUGAUGGCAGCCAUCGCGCUAGCGGGCUUUACAGAUCCCUUGAUCAAUCAACCGAUGCCAAUGGGUCUAAUCGACGAGAAAGAUGCAAAUACUGCCGAAGCAACAAUAAUUACUACCCCCUUUUGCCUUUUUUGGAACGGUAGCGUUCAUUCAGGCGUUUGGAACUGCCCUUACACACUCGACAGCAUCUUUGGAACGGUGGGGUAUUUCCUCGAAAAAGUGUACGGGUAUUGCGACUCGGCCCUGGCAGCUGCCUCUAGCGCGAUAGCUAUUGCUAAUGCGAAUGCCGCGGUGUCGGGUCUCUGGAAUAAAAACAGCAACGAUACCCAAAACAUUGAACAAAGAAUCACGACGAAUACUAAAUCAACAGAAGCAGCAAAGAGUGGUCGAGACAACAAAUUCAACUAUGCAAACAACGACGACCACUGUAACACAUCGAUCGUGGACAUGGUUCCAUCUAUCAUGAGAGACGAAGAACGACAAGAUCAACAAUUGAUGCCAAAUCUGGUAAAGGAUCGAUUGGAAAUUCUAGCAUAACACAGUAGAAGUACUAACGAACUGUGUUGGAUAGCAUAAGUUUCUAUAACACUAAAUGAAUCUUUUGUUC